CAUAAAGAGAUGAGAAAGAGGGCAACUGGAUGGAAUAGCAGUCCUGUCCUCUCUUCCUCUUCUCCGUUCUCCCCUCUCUUCUGGGUAGUCACUUGAAGGAGGCAGACACGGAGCACCAGUGAACCUACUCACGGGACACACACGCACCCACAUACACACUCACACCCACGGACAGAUAGAGUGAGAGUGUGUGUGUGUGAGAGAGAGAGAGAGAGGGAGGUUGAAGCUGUCUUCGGUGGGACCAGGAUAACCUUUGGACCUACUGGCACCUGGCACCAGCAGUCUCAAGACGGACUAAGAGGGUUUUUUUGGUCUGGGUGUUUUUUCUCUCCUCCCAGACAUCAUGGGGUGGCCACAGGGUCAUGUGACCUGGCCAGUGGAGUCAUCAUCAGGCAAGGUGACGGCCACGACAACACUGGCUCUUCUGCUCAUCUUCCUCAGCGCCGUAUCCCCCUUCUCUACCCCACAACCCAGAGUCUUCCUCACUUUUACCGACCUCCAGGCGUCCCAGUCCUUUGAGUACUACACUCUGUCUGAGAAGCCCAUGGACUACCGGAUCCUGCAGAUGGACGAGGACCAGGACCGGAUGUACGUGGGCUGCAAGGACCACGUCCUGUCCAUGGACAUCAACAACAUUACGCAAGGCACGCUCAAAGUGUUCUGGCCCGCCUCCGUCAGCAAGAUCGAGGAGUGCCAAAUGGCGGGCAAAGACCCCACGCAUGGCUGUGGAAACUUCCUCAGGGUCGUCCAGCCUUUCAACAGGACCCAUCUGUUUAUCUGUGGGAGUGGAGCGUACAGCCCUGUUUGUGCCUACAUCAACAGAGGUCGCCGGCCAGAGGAGAAGGUCUUCCAGAUUGCCUCUCGGGCUGAAUCAGGGAAGGGAAGAUGUUCUUUCAACCCGCAGGUCAACACAGUCUCUGUCAUGCUGAACCAGGAGCUCUUCUCUGGCAUGUACAUUGACUUCAUGGGCACGGACGCCGCUAUCUUCCGGAGCCUGACCACCAGGAACGCGGUGAGGACUGACCAACACAACUCCAAAUGGCUGAGUGAGCCCAUCUUUAUCGAUGCCCAUUUGAUACCGGACGGGUCAGACCCGAACGACACCAAGCUCUACUUCUUCUUCCGCGAGCGGCUGACGGACAACAGCGGCAACACCAAGAGCAUCCACACCAUGGUGGCGCGCGUGUGUCCGAAUGACACUGGCGGUCAGCGAAGUCUGGUAAAUAAGUGGACCACCUUCUUGAAGGCCCGGAUGGUAUGCUCAGUGCUGGAGGAAGAUGGCACGGAGACCCACUUUGACGAGCUUGAGAGUGUGUUUUUGCUGGAGGCUGACAACCCCAAAGGCCUCCUUGUGUUUGGCGUCUUCACAUCCACAAGCUCUGUGUUUAAAGGGUCAGCCGUGUGCGUGUACAACAUGGCCGACAUCCUGACCGUCUUCAAUGGGCCGUUCGCCCACAGGGAGGGCCCCAACUUUCAGUGGGUGGCUUUCCAAGGACGCAUCCCCUACCCAAGGCCUGGCACAUGUCCUGGUGGAGCUUUCACACCUCAUGUCCAGAGCACCAAAGAGUUUCCUGAUGACGUGGUGACGUUCGUCAGGAACCACCCUGUUAUGUUCAAUCCCAUCUACCCCGUGGGCAGGAGGCCGUUGCUGGUGCGAACACACGCUGACUACAAAUACACCUCCAUCGCCGUCGACCAGGUCACCGCAGCAGAUGGCCAGUACCAGGUCCUCUUCCUGGGCACAGACAAAGGCACAGUACAGAAGGUGAUCGUCCUGCCCACAAAUGGUUCCCUGGACGAGGAUCUGAUUCUGGAGGAGCUGGAAGUGUUUAAGAAUGGAGCUGCCGUGACCAAUUUGCAGAUCUCGUCCAAAAAGCAACAGCUAUACGUGAGCUCGGAACAUGGCGUGUCCCAAGUGUCCCUGCACCGUUGCCAUGCCUACGGCUCGGCCUGCGCCGACUGCUGCUUGGCCAGGGACCCCUACUGCGCCUGGGAUGGAAUGACCUGUUCUCGCUUCUACCCCACGGGGAAAAGGCGCAGUCGGAGACAGGACAUCAUCCACGGCAACCCACUAACCCAGUGCAGAGGGUUCAAUCUCAAGGUCGCUGCACAGAAAUGCUAUGAGUUGGCCCAGUACGGGAUCAGGAACAACACCACUUUCCUGGAGUGCAUGCCCAAGUCACCGCAGGCCUCCAUCAAGUGGCUCAUCCAGAGAGACAACGACCGGCGAAAAGAGGUGAAGCUAAGUGACCGCGUGGUCUCCACAGAGCACGGCCUUCUCAUCCGCUCGGUGCAGCCGUCUGACCAAGGCCUCUACUACUGCUUGACCACCGAGAACGGCUUCAAGCGCACCGUGGCCAAGCUUCGCCUGCGCGUGCUGAGCGAGACGCUGGUCAGUGCGCUGACCACCAAGCAGCAGUCGCCCUGGGGCUGGGCAGCGCUGCACCCCAAGGCCCUGGUGUCGGCCUUCACGCCGGCCGACGCGCUCGCCGUGCAGCAGUACUGCAAGGAGCGCAAGCAGCUCCAGAGUCUGGUCCCCGCCGGGGCCUCCGUCUCGGUCGCCAGGGGCGACAUGGGCAAGCUGGGCAAGCUCAAGCCGCUGCUGGACCGCACCAAGAGCCGCAACCGCCGGAACCACCUGCCCCUGGAGUAGAUGGUGGUGUCGGGGAAGGGAUGGAGGGAGGGGGGGUGUUGGGGUGGAGAGAGAAGUAGAGGAGGAGGACAAAGGGAGGGGUUGUGGGGGGGAGAGAAAAUGACUGACCGAGCAUCUGGGGUAUGCCUUUGGGUAUGUUGCGCUCCAAUGGACUUCUUUUAGACAUUUAUGUUCCGGGCUGCCCCUGACUGCAUUGGGCCCACACAUUUGGGGGAGUCAUGAUGGCACUGAAGAGAGAGAGAGAGAGAGAGAGAGAGAGAGAGAGAGAGAGAGAGAAAGAGAGAGAGAUGUGCUUCCUUCAAUGCCUCUACAGUAGUCUUACGUGCAUGAGGUACUCAGUGACUGUGACCUAUGCCAACACAGACACACACACACACACACACACACACACACACACACACACACACACACACACACACACACACUCACUCACUUACUCACUCACUCACUCACUCACACACACACACACACACACACACACACACACACACAGUUGUUACACCAUCUGCACCCUGCACUUGGGUCACGUGUGUGCAGUGGGUGAAAGGACUUCCCUCUCAGCAAAUCUCCUGACUAGCAAUACCGAAUGAGACUACAAGCAAGCAAGCAUGAUCUGGUAUUUAUAAAAACCAAGCUGCAGUAAUAUUGACUCUAAGUAAAAGAAGGUGUUGGUCCAUGCAUAUAAGAUAUGUGCCAUUGUUUGUUCUGAGAUGCCGUACUUGCAUGCUUUAGAUGAAAAGUCUAGCUGUUUUUCCUCUGUUUUGACAAGCAUUCAACAAAUGCAACUAAGCAUCCAACAUGAUUACACAGUACAAAUUGUUUACAGAAAUGUAGCACUCCGUGGCAAAGCUUGCUAGCAAACCACAGGGCUAUCUUAAAAAUAAAGGUUGUUUGUAUUCCCUUUUUCUGCGCAAACUAUUCAACUCAUUUUACAAAGAUUACAAACACAUAGGUCUUCCAAGAGGGACUGUGAACAGUACACAAUUUACGCCUUUAUAAGGGGCUCUUGGACAGAACUCUUGUUUCAUCUCGACAGGCUGUUCCGCUUUACCGCAGAUGAUUUGGCAGACCCAAAUGUUCCCCUACAAGAACGUCUCACCAAUGGAAAUUACAACAUGGUGGACAGGCCAAAGUACACGAGCUAUCAGAUGCCCCACAGAUGUCCAAGACAAGUGUGUGUGUGUGUGUGUGUGUGUGUGUGUGUGUGUGUGUGUGUGUGUGUGUGUGUGUGUGUGUGUGUGUGUAAUGACAGACAUCUGUGGGGAGAAGUAGACACAGUCCACCUCACUUGCUGGACCUCAGGCUUCCAUAGAAAACCAGUUGCUGGACCCAGGCUUUAUACCACACGUCACACACAAAAAAACAUCAGUUCCCUUAUUAAACCUGAGAUAGCAUGAUUAAUGUACGAAAUACGUUCAUAUGUAAGUGUCACACAGGUACACUGAACUAUAUAAGCUGUCUGUUUGUUUGGAUUGACCCGACCGUAUGGUUUAUAACUAAUGUUUUCCCUGAGAGAUUAAUGUAAGGAUUUCUGAAGGACAACUGAAUCUUACACCACGCAGCAUUAAGAGUGGCAUAAGAACACUGAAUGUUUCCUUUCAAUACAGCGCUUUGUCACGCACAUUUUUGCUAUCCUGCCACAUGUGUAUUAGCAUGAAGGCCAUCAUCUUGUUAGUGAUUUACUUGCUUGUGUUCCAGUCGUCUGUUAAGACUAACAGGUAUAGAGGAUGUAGAAAAUGUUAGCCAUGGUUGUGUGUACAGUUUUUUUUUUUCAUUAAUAUUUGUGUCGCUGUAACUUAUGUCAUUUUUUUUGUAAAAUAUCAAGUGUAUGUGUGUCAUUAAAAUGUGGUAAAGUGUAUAUAAUUUUAACAUAAUCUCUCAAAUUGUUUUGACAGUAUCUGCAAUUGGCAGAGAGUUACACAGCACAUUUCAUUUUGUCAUGUUUCAAUCAUAAAGUUAUUUUUUCAAAAUACAUCAGUCAUUGAUUGCAAAAUCUUGACUCCUUUGAUGCAGAUCAAACUGUCUUCACAGUGAAUGUCAAUAUGUCAAACUUGACUCUGAACAUUUGUGUAUUUCUAUUUAUUAAUGUAAUGAAUGCUUGAAUAAAUACAGUUAAGAGUA